GAUACUUAGUGCAAUAUGGUUUCUUGCGCAGAGGAUAAAACAAAGACCCAAGCUGAAACAACAAACAAAAAGGAAGCUGCUAAUGGUAACGGUAACAUUGCAGCACAAACUUUUACUUUUCGUGAGUUGGCCACAGCAACAAAGAAUUUCCGGCAGGAAUGUUUAGUGGGUGAAGGUGGAUUUGGAAGAGUCUACAGGGGGAAACUUGAGAAUACUGGCCAGCUUGUGGCCGUGAAGCAACUGGACAGAAAUGGAUUACAGGGAAACAGAGAGUUUCUUGUUGAGGUUUUGAUGCUGAGUCUCCUCCACCAUCAAAAUCUGGUCAAUCUGAUUGGUUAUUGUGCUGACGGAGAUCAGAGGCUCUUGGUGUAUGAGUUUAUGGCAUUGGGAUCUCUUGAAGAUCACCUACUUGAUCUCCCGCCAGACCAAAAGCCACUACCCUGGUUUACUAGAAUGAAAAUAGCUUCAGGGGCUGCUAAGGGUUUGGAAUAUUUGCACGAUAAGGCCAACCCCCCUGUUAUAUAUCGAGAUCUGAAAUCAUCCAACAUCUUGCUGGAUGAAGAAUUCAAUCCAAAACUCUCCGAUUUUGGUCUUGCCAAGCUUGGACCUGUUGGAGAUAAGACACAUGUAUCAUCACGGGUGAUGGGGACAUAUGGUUACUGCGCCCCAGAGUAUGCAAGAACAGGUCAGCUGACUUUGAAGUCAGAUGUGUAUAGUUUUGGAGUUGUUUUACUGGAGCUAAUAACUGGACGAAGAGCCAUUGACACCACAAGACCAACAGAGGAGCAAAACCUAGUUGCUUGGGCACAACCCAUAUUCAAGGAUCCCAAAAGGUUCCCAGAGAUGGCUGAUCCACUUCUUCAAGGGGACUUCCCAGUCAGAGGUUUAAAUCAAGCAGUUGCAGUCGCUGCCAUGUGUCUUCAGGAGGAAGCGUCAGUCCGCCCCUUGAUGAGCGAUGUUGUCACUGCUCUUAGUUUCCUAUCACUGUCUCCUGAAGAAGGGCUACCUCCACUACUUGCUGUUCCAGAUUCAGCUUCUGAGAAGAAAGUGUCAAGUGAGGAUGGAGAUCAUCAGGAUGAAGUAAGUGCAGAAGAACGUCAACGAGCUGUAGCAGAAGCAAUGGAGUGGGGAUCAAAUUCAAGGGCAAACAACAGAAAAAGCAGCAAUGGAAGAGGUGCUUCAUUGUAAUAUAUCCGUCCUAUUCUAUGAUAAUGAUGAGUAUAUCAAAAUUCUUUUUCUCUUCCAUGGAUCCUUUCUUCUACAAACCUCUUAUAUUUCUCUUUCAGUGUAAGAAUCAUAUUUUUGCUGAAAGGUAAGGUAACAUUGAGUGAUUAAGUGAGGUUCAGAGCUAUACAUCGGAAGUAGGACUUCAAGUGAGGUUCACUUCUCUGGCCAUUUCAUGUCCAUUCCAAAUUUUGUGAAAAGUGGAUGAAUUUGAAAAGACUUG